AGAGCGACGUACCUGGUUAAAGGAGUUCUGGACGCAGUCGACCGUGGAUAAAGUGGGCUCUGUGGAUACGGACAGAGGAGGAGUGAAGUCUCUUUUAGCAGGAAGAGAGGAAGGAAACCCUUUAAAAGUGAGUUUUGAAAACAACCGAGAGGAUUUAAGAAGUGGACGCGAGCCGUGAGUGGGAGCGUGGCAGAUGUAGGAUGACAACAGUAAAGGAGGAUUAAACCGGAGGGGAUGUUAAGAAAAGUGAUGAGAAGAAUAACCGCACAGCAAGGAGUGAUUUCAGCGCAGGCAGGAAUGGCUUGAUUCGGGACCUGUACUGUCGAGAGGCGCUCAUGUUUCUGUGGGAGAGAAAGAAAGUUUUCUGCGCGUCCCUCGGAUACAAAUCUACUUUUUAACGAGCAGGAGAGAGAAAGGGACUGCUGUGACUGUGUUCCCCCCCCAAUCCCGGUGGCAGAGUCCGACCGGUUUGGCGUCGGCUCGUGAACUGUUCGCAAUGUCCAAACCCGCGCUGAAGAAGAACCACUGGACCUCCAGGGUGAACGAGGUCUCCGUGUCCAAAGAUGCCCGCGGUGAGCUCAACGUGCCGCUGCGUGGCGGCGCGGAGAACGGAGAGUUCGCCUACAUUGGACCGCUGAACCACAAUGCGGUGGUGUACAAAAGUGGGAAACUGGGUGAAGGGGAGCUUCUGCUCGAAGUGGAGAAUCUCUCGAUUUCGGGAUUACCCCUGUACGACAUAUACACCGUGAUAAAGAACUGCAAAGGACCCGUCAGGUUUAAAACUGUCAGGCAAGGUAAGACAAAAGGAAGCAAGCUGACCAAGGACCUGAAGCAGUAUCUGAGCCAGCGCUUCCAGAAGUCCUCGCCUGACCACGAACUGCAGCAGACCAUCAGAGACAACCUCUACCGUCACGCCGUGCCUUGUACUACCCGUGCCCCACGCGAAGGAGAAGUUCCUGGCGUGGACUACGACUUCCUCUCAGUAGAGCAAUUCCUGGAAUUGGAGAAAAGUGGGACCCUCUUGGAGAUAGGAACAUAUGAUGGUAACUAUUAUGGGACACCCAAGCCACCAGUGCAGCCCCCCAGUGGGAAAGUGAUUAGCAGUAGUGGUAACAGCGGUGAUGCCCCACUGCCAGACGGGCUCAGGAGUAGCCUGCCGGGCUCACAGCACUCCACUCCCCGACGCUCCAAGUCCUACAAUGACAUGCACAAUGCUGGAUUAGUGCCUGGAGAGCAGCAGCAGGAGGACGACGAGGACCUCCAUGACAUGAACAGCAGCUUUACAGGAGACUCUAGUGAAUUAGACGAGAUUCAUCACUCGGUGCGCCCUUUUGCCCCCCGCCAGAGUGACCUGUCCUACGCUGGGACAACCCCCUCACCACCGGCCACCACGGAGAGCACACAGCAGACACACACUCACCUGAGCCAUCCUCCCCCAGAGGAUCCGCUGGGACCUCUGCCCGACAACUGGGAGAUGGCCUAUACCGAGAACGGAGAGGUCUAUUUUAUAGACCACAAUACAAGGACGACCUCCUGGAUAGACCCUCGGUGCCUGGACAAACCUCAGAAACCCCUGGAAGAAUCUGAAGAUGAUGAAGGGGUACAUACAGAGGAGCUGGAUAAUGACCUAGAACUUCCUCCAGGAUGGGAGAAAAUAGAUGAUCCAGUGUAUGGAGUCUACUAUGUUGAUCAUAUCAACAGGAAGACCCAGUAUGAAAAUCCGGUGCUAGAGGCUAAGAAGCGCAGGCAGCUGGAACAGCAGCAGCCUCAGCAGCCUCAGCCCCAGAGCCAGCAGCCACCUGAAGGUGAGCGCUACAUCCGAGAAUGGAUCGAAGACUCGACGAUGGCAGGGGCUCCGUUGGCUAGCUAUGCUGCCAACCACCAGGAGACCUACAGGGACCCUCAGACAGGGCCCGCAGUGCCCAACGCGAUGGGACAAAAACGAGGGAAGCCUUUCUUUACCAGGAACCGAUCUGAGCUGAAGGGGACAUUCAUAAAUACCAAACUGAAGAAGAGUCGUAGGGGGUUUGGUUUUACUGUUGUGGGAGGGGAUGAGCCAGAUGAGUUCCUGCAGAUAAAGAGCCUAGUCCUAGAUGGCCCUGCCGCCCUUGAUGGCAAGAUGGAGACUGGUGAUGUGAUUGUGAGCGUCAACGACACCUGUGUGCUCGGCUACACCCAUGCUCAAGUUGUGAAGAUCUUCCAAUCGAUUCCAAUUGGUUCCAUGGUCAACUUGGAGCUGUGCCGUGGCUACCCGUUGCCUUUUGACCCCGACGACCCAAACACCAGCCUGGUUACCUCAGUGGCUAUCCUUGACAACAAGGAGCCCAUCAUCGUUAACGGCCAGGAGACCUCUAACAGCUACGAUUCGCCGUCCAGCCACGGCAGUCAGAACAACAACAAUGGUCCAACCAACAGCGGGGUCCCCGUCAACGGCCUCCCCCGACCCCACAGCCCCUCCACAGAGGUGGCUUCUGAUACCUCUUCCCAGCAUGGCUACCCUAGUGAUGUAGUCACCCUGGCCUCAUCCAUCGCAACGCAGCCAGAGCUCAUCACCGUACACAUGGAGAAAGGAGACAAGGGCUUCGGAUUCACCAUUGCUGACAGUCCCGGGGGUGGGGGGCAAAGAGUGAAACAGAUCGUGGACUACCCACGCUGCCGCGGCCUGAGGGAGGGCGACAUCAUCGUGGAGGUGAACAAGAGAAAUGUGCAGAGCAUGUCCCACAACCAGGUGGUUGACCUGCUCAGCAAGUGUCCCAAAGGCAGUGAGGUCACCAUGCUGGUGCAAAGAGGAGUGGCACCUGCAAAGAAGAGCCCUAAACUGCAGUUGUCAAGAAAGGACAGCCAGAACAGCUCCCAGCAUAGUGUUUCCAGCCACCGGAGCGCGCACACAGACUCGCCUGUGCACUCUUCCCUGGCACCCGCUCUCAGUGAGAGCAACGCGCCCCCACCUCCCUCACAGCCUUUGCCGGGACUCCCAAUCCAGGACUCCCCAGGAGACGGGACCAUCCAGAGAAAACCGGACCCCUUUAAGAUUUGGGCCCAGUCCAGGAGCAUGUAUGAAAGUAGGCUUCCAGACUUCCAGGAGCAGGACAUUUUCCUGUGGAGGAAGGACACGGGGUUCGGCUUCAGGAUCCUCGGAGGCAACGAGCCAGGAGAGCCUAUCUACAUUGGCCACAUAGUCAAGUACGGGGCUGCAGAUGAAGAUGGACGCCUGCGAUCCGGUGAUGAGCUGAUAUGCGUGGAUGGAACGGCGGUGGUGGGAAAGUCGCACCAACUGGUGGUCCAGCUGAUGCAGCAGGCUGCCAAGCAGGGCCAUGUCAACCUCACAGUGCGGCGCAAAACCACUUACGCUGUUAAAGCAGAGGGAGACAUGCCUCCAUCGCCGGCGUCUUCGCACCACAGCAGCACCCAGGCGCCCAGUCUCACAGAAGAUAUUGGGAAGCGCACCCCACAGGGCAGCCAGAACUCCCUCAACACAGUGAGCUCCGGCAGCGGCUCCACCUCUGGCAUCGGCAGCGGUGGAGGAGGCGGAGUGGGCGGCGGGGGCGGCGGCAGUGCCGUGGUCGCCGCUGCGGCCGCCACCACCUCCUCUCAGCCGCCCAUCGCCACCCCCACUGUCGUCUCGUCCGCUUUGCAGCCCUACGACGUAGAGAUCCGCCGCGGCGAGAACGAAGGAUUCGGUUUCGUCAUCGUCUCGUCGGUGUCGAGGCCGGAAGCUGGCACCACCUUCGCUGGAAAUGCUUGUGUGGCCAUGCCCCACAAAAUAGGACGCAUCAUUGAGGGAAGCCCAGCAGACCGCUGCGGGAAGUUGAAAGUCGGCGACCGCAUCCUGGCUGUGAAUGGAUGCUCGAUCACCAACAAGUCCCACUCGGACAUCGUCAACCUCAUCAAGGAGGCUGGAAACACAGUUACACUACGCAUCAUUCCUGGAGAUGAAUCAUCGAACGCAUCUCUGUUGACGAAUGCAGAGAAGAUCGCCACUAUAACCACUACCCACACCGCUCAGCAGCAGGCCGCACCGGAGGCCAGGACCAACACUAAACCAAAACAGGAGUCAUUUGCCCCGCAAGCCGCCCCUCCCCAGCCCCCCACGCAGCAACCCCCAAGCACUCAGGAUUCUGAGUUCUACUCCGUGGACCUGGAGCGAGACAACAAAGGCUUCGGCUUCAGCCUGCGAGGAGGCCGCGAGUACAACAUGGACCUGUACGUGCUGAGGUUAGCCGAGGACGGAGCAGCUGUUCGCAACGGAAAGAUGAUGGUCGGCGACGAAAUCUUGGAGAUCAACGGCGAGAGCACCAAGGGCAUGAAGCACGCGCGAGCCAUCGAGCUCAUCAAGAAUGGAGGCCGGCGAGUCCAUCUGGUGCUCAAGAGGGGUGACGGCUCUGUGCCUGAAUAUGGUGGGUCAAUCUACGAAAACAUUCCCUUCUCGCCCAUCUUCACACCCUGAGCCAGGGGACACUCAAGCGGAUGGUGGUGGGUUGAAGGUGAAGGAACUAAAUCGCUCCCCCUCCCCAAGGAUCCUUCACCCCUCCCUGGAGCAAACCUACCAGGGAUGGGAGAGGGGAGUCAGGGGGGUUGGGGGUGUUGCUUCGCGCUUUUGGUCUCUUUGUGGUGGCGGUCACUCCUGGGCUUUUUUGGGAUUUCGUGGGAGAGCGGGGGGGGUCGAGGCUGCUCCUGUGGGUGCUCUCACCCCCUCCUGCUGUCACCUGCUCUCAGUUUUGUCAUGUCAUCUCGCUGUCACUUUUCACCUUCUGGGCACUGAGCAAAAGCACUCUGCUGGGACUUUACAGGAAGGUGGUGGGUCUGAUUUUCAGUGCUACAUGGGAAAAAAAAAAAAGGAAACUGUUUACAGGGUUUGACCUGAGUAGUAAAGAAAAAGGAAAGAAAAUCAAUGUUUCUUGUGGGUGAGAAGUAAUAUGGAUGUCUCUCAUUUCUCAUUACAUGCUAAUUUAGCAUUAAAAGGAAGAGAAAACUUGAUCCGUGGCAUCCCGUGAUAAAAUGGGACCUUUCACAGCUUUGGAUAGGAUGUGACAAACAUAUUUAUGAUAUUUAUUGAAGGUGAAUGUAAGCUACUGAACUCCUUUCUAAGUGAGAACUGUGUUGCGAAGAAAAAGACAGUCUAAGGCUUUUUUUUCCCCACUUUGCCAUUUUCAGUAAAUCUCACUGUACUGUGCUUGACAUUACUCACUCAUCCAUGGACUUUUUUUUUGCACCCACUGUCAGUGUUAUGGAAAAGCUGUGAAGAUAGGGACUCCACCCAUCCCCGUUUAAAAAGACGUUGAUUCGUUCCAGUUAUAUUAACUUUUUAUAGUGAUGAUUUAAAAAAAAAAAAAGAGGCAUUUUUACAAGUAUUUUUGUUCAGUGUACAGAGCCAUGAAUCAAAGCCACAUAUUAAUGGAUAAAAGUUUAUUGCUGCAUGAACAUGUCAAAAGUGUAAAUUGUUUUUUGGUUUUUUUCCCCUUCUAUUGUCUACUUUCCAUAAUAUUUAUGGAACAUUUCUUUCUUUUCUGUUUUCCUUUUGUUUUUCUAAUCGUAUUGAUUAGUUUUGAUAGUCACAAGUCAUUUUAAAUGUUUUCUUUUUCAUUUUGUUGCUUUUUUUUUUUGAGUGGAUACAUUUGCCUGUUUUGAAAAGUUCAUCAAUGUAAAGUUUAUUUGAGCUGAGAAUGUGCUGUCAAAACCUGCACCGAUGUGACAUCAUGUGAACUUGUAUAUUUUGGAUCAUUGUUUGUACUUUUGAAAAAUCUUUAUUUUUAUUAUUUUAUUUUUUUUAGUUGGCACAACCUUUGACAGUCUCGCCAGUAUUUCUUUUGAUUUCUAUCAGCACUGUAAAACUGCUUAAUUUGCUGGUGUGUGUGCGCGUCUGUGUGUGUGUGUGUGUGUGUGUGCACCAGUCUCACUGUUUCAUUUUUUUGAUUUUCUGCUGCUUCUUCAUUAACGUGUCUAGGCGUGUGAGUGCGCUUGUGUGUGGGUGGGUGUGGCAACUCUUAUGUCCGAUGUGUGUACGCUUGUUUCCGGGGGACUUUACUCUGUAACUGAUGGUCUUCACUGGGUUUUUGGCAACUUCCUGGACUGUCUCUUUAUUCUGAAUGAGUCGAUGAUCAAAUAAACACAUUUUUUUUCAUUAAGAAUCAACA